AUGAUCCACUCUCAUAGCCCAGAAUCACAAUCUGGCCCGAAACGCCGCGCCCCUGUAGCUUGCAGGGCCUGCCACAAGCGCAAGGUACGCUGCAACGUUGCGGCAGAUGGUCCGCCAUGCAGCAACUGUGCCCGCGACGGGACCGAGUGCGUGUUGCAUGUCCCCGAGAAACGAAGACCGAGAAGAAGCAGGUGGGACGCAAGCGGUGCAAGCGGCCGGUCUCACUCGGCGACUCAUUACCAGUCUCCGCUGCAGGCACGAGGAAGAGAAGACAAGGGGCCUCGUGGGUAUCUCCCGGAGGCCAGUAUAUCACCGGCCCAACCACCCACGCAGGAUCAAGCGCCGAGCUCAUCCAGUGUCCCUGCGUGGACGGUGGACCAGGGGGGAAAUAGUGAGACUCUCGUCAACGUCGUGGAGUCCCCCCUGGUCCCCAGCUUGUCCACCCUAGAGCCUUUCUUCAUAGGUGACUCCAGAUGUUUGCGAUUUCUCUUCAACGUACUCGGUGAGGAUUGUAUCGCUGCCAACUCGCACUAUUGGGUGCCCAAAGCGAAUGCCAUCCCGCUACCCCCAGAAGACCUGGCCUUCCUCCAGGCAAAAGGAGCACUCACUUUACCUUCCCCCGAACUGCGCGAGGAACUGAUCAAGGCGUAUUUCAAAUAUGUCCACCCUUCCUUGCCAGUGCUGGACCACAAUGAGUUCCUUCACCAGCUGGCCACGCGCGACAUUUCGGAGAUGAUUGUGGCGCCUCCCUCUACUUCCGCCUACCAGACACUAUACGACUUUCAUCACGAGAAUAAUAAGAUUACCCUUAUCCAAUCUGUUCUCCUCAUGAGCUACUGGUUCGCCGACACCCGUGACCGCUCUGAUAGCUGGCACUGGGUCGGAGUUGCGUCGAGUCUCGGCCAGACCAUCGGGCUGCACCGGGAUCCCGGCAGCAGCUUCAACAUCCCGCGCUUCCAUCGACGACAAUGGAGAAGGGUUUGGUGGUGUUGCGUACAUCGUGACCGCUGGAUAUCCCUCGGGAUGGGACGCCCCACGCGCAUCAAGAUGAGUGACUGCGACCAACCCCCGCUCACCGCAGAUGAUUUGGUAGAUGAAUCGUCCCAGGUUCUCCCGGUGCAGGGGGGCAAAUACGCUGAUCUAGCCAAGCGCUGCGACGAACUGGCCCCUACCUUCGUCGAGGCGCUCAAGCUGAGUAUGAUACUUGGCGAAAUGCUGGACAGGCUGUACUCGGCAUCUCCGGCGCUGCAGAUGGCAGACAUUCAUGUGUGGGAGACUGCCCUUCAAAGUUGGCACCAGAAUCUCGGCGCGGAGUCCAGAGUGGAUUUCAUGGCUAGGGAGAUUGCCGAGGAGCCCGUCGUGCUGCUUCACAAUCAUGUCUUGCAUUUGCUCUUUCAGGCUGUCGUAAUAACCCUGUAUCGACCAUUGAUGUUCGCCAAUCCUCAACCCCUAGAAGACCCAGAGAUUUACACAAGCACACUAGCCAAGAAGGCUCGAGAAAAUGCAUCGUUCGCAGCGACGAUGGCGACCGACUCACUCAGCCGACUGAUCAACCUGAACCUCAUCUCGAAACUUCCGCCCUUCAGCGUCACCGUCCUCAGUCCUGUUAUCGCCAUCCACUUUGUCGAGCGCUGGUCCGCCACGGGUCUAAAGCUGCAGGUGGCCUCCCAGAAGCUCGACCUGUGUAUGUCGGUGCUCUCGGAGCUUGGGGAAGAAUUCUGGGCCGCCAACUUCAACCAUAAGUAUUUUUCAGCCGCUUUCCAGCGUAUCGAGGAUAUUCAUCGCAGCAGGAAUUCUCGCAACGGGGUGUCAACUGCAGAUAGAGCGGGUGCGAUGGGGGCUUCUUUCCGGGGAGGAGGUGGUGGUCUCGAGAUGGCGAAGGAGGGAAAUCCCGAUGACGAGCAGGCUGCACUCGUAUCCGCCUCUGAGAUGUUUAAUUUUCCUUUCUGGGACGACGAUGAUGGAUUGUUUGCCACGUUUGAUUUUUCUUGA